AUGGAAAAUAGUGUACCAGAUGCACAAAACAGACGGGAGAAGGCGGUCAGGAGACGGGAGGAAGUGGGUGUGUUCUACGCCAAGAGUGACCUCUUUUACCACGAGAAAAAGAAGAAAAAGAAGAAGACACACCCGUAUGCACCAAGAAGAAGAAGAAGAGGACAGGAGAACAAUUUACCUACAAUUGACACAUAUGCUAUCUGGAUUCGAAUGAGACGACGUGGCCUUUGCCUUCUAUUUCUCAUAUUCACCAACUAUGCAGUAUCCCAAAGCUCGGCUGAAUGCAGUGAUGUAUCCUUCUCGUCAGUGGCUUCAAAAUUAGACGGUUUAAAAAGAGUGACACGUCUGUCGGUUAGCGGACAUAUUUCGGCAUACCACGUCAAGGUGUCCAUCUCAGAUGACGAUUUUCAAUUGGUUCGUGUCUCGAACGGAAAUCCACUGGUCCUCUAUUCCACUUUAUCGAACACGCCAUCGUGGACACAUGUCGACUUUUUAGCUUCUGAAGUCAAAAUAUUGCCGGCUUUUGAGCAAGCAACGGAAGAUGUUCGGGGACCAUUGUUGAUUCUGACUGUGUGUGAUUAUGACACUCCAAUAACUGCAUUUGAUGAUUCAUCAUACACUGUAGAAGCUCAUCAUGCUGGUCUUGUAUCUAUGUAUGAGAAUGAUCUUUGUGUUGUUUUCCGUACAUAUCGAUCAGGAGUGUUCUUCUUUUCAAUGGCAGACCAAGGAGAUGUUCUAAUUGCUCAAAUCGUUCAUGGAACUAUUCAUGUAAUUUUUGAUUUCGGAUCUCUGACUCCUUCCAGAAUAAGUGCAGGAAAGGCUUUAGACGAUGGUAGAUGGCAUGAGAUGAGAUGGCUACAUCAAUUUGAUUCAGUGCAACUAUCGAUAGACGGUGUACUUUUGAAUCAGACAGCUCCGACUGGACUCUAUCGAAAAUUGGACUUACAUAGUGUGGUACACAUUGGAGGAAGGCCAGCUGAUGACUUCUCGCAGGGGAUCGAAACAACUUUUACUGGUUGCAUCGCCCGUCUCCAACUGAAUAAUGCUGAUCUUCUUCAACUAUCUCCAAGUGAAGUUCACAGUCAAUGUCAAAUGCCAAAGCCUCCAUCAUUCACUCUACAUAACUCUUCUCAAGCUGUUCUUCCAUUCACGUUUCUCCCAUUCUCAUUCGAGUUUCGAAUUGUUCCAGUCAAUGGACCACUAGUCACUUUAUUGGAUGCUGAAAACGGAACACUUGUGGAUGUUGUAGUAGACGAUGAACGGAAAUUGCACCUUGUCAGUAACAUCACCAAAUUCAAACAAGCUGCGAACCCCGCAAUCGACGUGGCAAAUGGAGGUUGGCAUAGUUUUUCCUUGCGGAUUCGCGGAGUUCGAAUGGAAAUUGAUAUUGAUGGAUACACUGUUUUAUGGUUGGAAGGUCACGAAGUUCGGAGGAUAUCUCAAAGACUUUCCAAUUUCAUUUUAUCUGCUAGUGGAUGUUAUAGAAGUGCAACAAUUGAUUUAACAGGUGUGAGGGUUGAUGGAAAUGUGACAAGAGGAGAGUGCUCAUUUCAAGAGAAAUGCCUUCCAAACCCAUGUGAAAACGGAGGAGAAUGUGUACAAUCUGCACUGGAUGACUAUGUUUGUAACUGUAAAGAUGGAUAUAAAGGAAAGAAUUGUCAUACGACGGAUCUUCCACAUUCUUGCGAAGAAUGGGUGUUCACAAAAGGUAACAAACAGAAGGCAGUUCAAGGAAGAAAAGUUUUGAUUGAUGUGGAUGGAGGUGGAGAAAUGCAGCCAAUUAAUGUCACGUGUAAGACUGAAAGAGAUGAAUUGGGUAUAGAUGGAGUCAGCACAAUUCUGGAACAUGAUCUUGUUCGACCAAUGAUUGUAACUGGAGACAAUAAACCAGGGGCUGUCAGAUACUCGCUCACCUACGGAAUCAGUACAGAACAAAUGGAUCGUUUGGUUGAAGGAUUUGAGGCAUGUAGCCAGUUUAUGAGAUAUACAUGUCGUGGAGGUGUCAGACUGAUGACUCAAGGAGAUGAGAGGAGUCCAUCGUCAUGGUACUCAACAAGAAGUGACAAACAUGGAUUGCAAUGGGGUGAAGCUCCGCCGUACUCAAGAAUGUGCUCAUGUGCAAUCAAUGGAAGUUGUCUACAUAACCGAAUGUGUAACUGCGAUAGUGGAGAAGAUGCAACUGAUGAAGGUGUCAACCCGUAUUCCCAAUUGCUUCCAGUCACUGGACUAUUUCUUGGUGGAACAACAAAAUCUUCAUCGAUUGAAGUGGAAAUUGGACCAUUGAAAUGCAGAAACCGAGCAACUUUCGAUCCAGUAACUUUCUCUGAUAGAAAUGCGAAGUUGAGUGGAACACAGACAUUCAAUCAGAGAACAUUUGAUGUAUCACUUCAUGUCAAGUUCUCUCAUUCUCAAAUGUCAAUUCUUUCAUGGCAUUCAACUGAUGAUUUACAUUGGUUUCAUCUAUAUGUGAAUGAUGGAAAAAUAGUUGGAGAGGUUGUAAAUGGAGGAGAAAGUCAACAAAUUGUGUCAGAACAUCGAUAUGAUGAUGGAAAAUUCCAUGCAAUCUACUGGGAAGCCGAUUCAACUGGAAUGUUCUUAAAAGUUGAUGGUCAACGGAAAUCACUGAAAACUUCAUUUGUUCUUCCUACAGUUUACACGUGGAUUGUUGGAUCACGAACUGAAAAAGGAUCAACUGGAUUCGCUGGAGUCAUUCGGAAUGUGUACUUGUGUGGUGUUGAAUUAGCACUUGGACAAUAUGCCAGAAAAGAAACAGAACGAGGAAUUGCGGUUGGAGAUGAUGGGUAUUGUAGGCCUGAUUUAUGUCAGAAUGGAGGACAAUGUAUUGAUAAAUACGAUGGAUAUGUAUGUGAUUGUAGUAUGACUCCAUUUGGAGGAAGUGAUUGUACGAAAGAAUAUGGAAUGAUGGUUCCUUCUGGAUCAUCAAUUCAAAUUCCAUGGCAAAAUCCAGCUCAUCAAUCCAUGUGUCAUCGAAUUGCAAUACAAACUACUUCGAAAAACACAACAAUUCUGAGAUCAAAAGCCCUUUUUGCUGAUUCGACAUUCAAUAUGACUGUGGAUGAUAAUGGAAAUCUUCAAAUGAACGCAUACGACGGAUUCUUUUUCCAUUUUAAACGGCACUCGAAACAUCAUAAUUUGAGUGACGACGUGAUGCAUGAUAUCUCAUUUUGUGCUUCAAAACAUCAUUUCAAUGUGUCAGUCGAUGGAAUGGAAGUGAUCACAAUUGAAGGCAAUUGGACGUUUUUCGAAAGUUUCAAUGUUUGGCAUUUCCUCGAUGAAAAUUUCGAAGGAUGUGUUUCUCGAAUUCAAACUGGAUCAGCAUUUCCACUGAAAAGUCCGAAGACAGCAAGAUUGAACUAUUCCGGCAAGAUUCGUUUUGGAACGUGUCCUAUCGAAGCAGUAUCUCGACAUCAGAUGUAUGAUUUCAAUCCACAACCUGAAGCUGCUUCGUCCACAGUAGCAACUUCUACAGAAGAUAUCAAAAUAUUUUCUGUUUCACAAAGUAAGCAGGAUCUGAUGUCGAAAGCAAUAGUAUUUGGUGGUAUAUUUGCAAUCUUCAUGUGCAUUGUGUGUAUGAGUUCAUUGAUUUGUUACAUGAGAUCUCGACCAGAAGGAGUUUAUAAAACCAAUGAGACAGGUGAAAACUGUUCUCCAAGUCGAAGUGAAGAACCUCUGGUACACAAUGUGAACAAUAAUACUCCAAUGUAUGCAUCAAACAAAGAAUAUUUUUGUUGA